AACAAGAUAUAUUAGAGUAACACUGAGGUGGAGCAGCAGAAAGGAUCUGAACACAAAGCAUUUGGUUUUCCGAUGAGUUUAUAUACUUCUACUUCGCUUCUUCUUCCUCCUCCUCCAACGGUCAACCGCCGCCACGCCUUUUCUUCAUCUUCCAUACGCCGUCAUUUCACCUCCCAACGCAAACCCACCUUCUCCUUAUUCCCGCCAAAUUCCGCCAAGUCAUCCAGACUCCAAUGCUCGUCGUCAUUGCCUGCCAUGUCUGCCAAGCAGGACUCUUCUUCAACCUCACCACCCCAGGUGGAGGGUAGCCUGUUGAAAUCAAGGGCAUUCUGGGUUAGUGAAUCAAUCAUAGCUUGGAAUGUGGAUGAGGGAAUUGAUUCGUGUUACUUAUUUGCAAGUAAAACUGCGGCGCUGUCAUUAACUAGUGAUGGAGUGUCCGGUGGGGAUGUGAAAGUUGAGCUUCAAGAAGAUAGACAUGGGUUACCGCAAAAUGUGAAAGAAAAGUUUCCUCAUAUCAAAGACUACAAAGCAUUCAGGGUCUCCACUGAUCUGGAUGUCAAAUCUCUUCUGAAAUCCCAAUUGGCAGUUGCUGCUUUCAGUUCUGAUGGAAGGUGCAGCGAUGCUACUGGUCUGCAGUUACCGGGCAUUCUAGACGAAUUAUUCUCGUAUGAAGGUCCCCUUGGUGCAGUGUAUUCAAAGGAAGCCGUGUCACUUUACCUUUGGGCUCCUACUUCUCAGGCAGUAUCUGUUUUGAUCUAUAAGGAGCCAUUGGGUGGACAUCCCUUAGAAAUUGUGCAGCUUGAGGAAGUUAAUGGCGUUUGGAAUACUAGAGGACCAAAAAGUUGGGAAGGAUGCUACUAUGUGUAUGAAGUGUCUGUAUACCAUCCUAGCACCUUAAAAAUUGAAAAAUGCUACGCAAAUGAUCCAUAUGCUAGAGGGCUCUCAUCAGAUGGCGGGCGGACGUUGUUCAUCAAUCUUGACUCUGACUAUAUAAAACCAGAAGGAUGGGAUAAAUUGGUGGAUGAGAAACCCAAAAUACUUUCUCCUUCGGACAUAAGUAUUUACGAGUUGCACAUAAGAGAUUUUAGUGCCAAUGACGAGACAGUGCCUCCUGAAUUUCGUGGUGGAUAUCUGGCAUUCACUGUACAGGACUCAGCUGGUGUAUCUCAUUUGAAGCAAUUAUCAAAUGCUGGUAUCACUCAUGUCCAUCUACUGCCGGCCUUCCAAUUUGCAGGUGUCGAUGAUGAGAAGGCAAACUGGAAGUGCGUAGAUUCACAGACUCUUGAAAAGUUUCCUCCAGAUUCCUCCGAGCAACAAGCUCUCAUUACAGCUAUCCAAAAUGAUGAUGGCUAUAACUGGGGGUACAACCCUGUCCUCUGGGGUGUCCCUAAAGGAAGCUAUGCAAGUAAUGCAAAUGGUUUGUACCGUGCAAUUGAGUUUAGGAAGAUGGUUCAGGCACUUAAUCGUAUGGGCCUUCGUGUUGUCUUGGAUGUUGUCUACAAUCAUUUGCAUGGAAGUGGGCCAUUUGAUGCAAAUUCAGUUCUUGAUAAGAUUGUUCCAGGAUACUACUUGAGAAGAAACAAUGAUGGUUUUAUCGAGAACAGUACAUGUGUGAACAACACUGCUAGCGAGCAUUUUAUGGUUGAGCGUUUAAUUCUUGAUGAUCUUUUGCACUGGGCAAUUAAUUAUAAGGUUGAUGGAUUCCGGUUUGACCUUAUGGGUCAUAUAAUGAAAAGAACAAUGGUGAAAGCAAAAGAUGCACUUUGCAGCCUUGCAAAGGAUAAGGAUGGAGUUGAUGGCUCAAGGAUGUAUAUAUAUGGUGAAGGAUGGGAUUUUGGUGAAGUUGCCAACAAUGGGCGUGGAGUAAAUGCUUCGCAGUUCAAUAUUUGUGGUACUGGAAUUGGGAGUUUUAAUGAUCGUAUACGGGAUGCGAUUCUGGGUGGUUCUCCCUUUGGCCAUCCUCUUCAGCAAGGAUUUGUGACUGGUCUACUAUUACAGCCUAACGGCUACGAUCAUGGCCCAGAAGUUGUUGCAGAACGCAUGCUUGCUGAAUCAAAGGAUCACAUUCAGGUCGGCAUGGCUGCAAACUUGAGGGACUUUGUGAUAACCAAUUGUGAAGGGAAAGAGGUAAAAGGAUCAGAAGUAUUGACAUAUGGUGGGGCAAGUGUAGCAUAUGCUUUAGAUCCUGCUGAAACAGUUAAUUAUGCUUCUGCUCAUGACAACGAAACUCUAUUUGACAUCGUGAGUUUGAAGACUCCAUUUGAAAUUUCUGUAGAAGACAGAUGCAGGAUAAAUCUUCUGGCGACAAGUAUAAUUGCUCUAUCACAGGGUAUACCAUUUUUCCAUUGUGGCGAUGAGAUUCUCAGGUCCAAAUCACUUGAUCGCGACUCCUAUAAUUCCGGUGAUUGGUUCAACAGGAUUGACUUCACUUAUAGUUCCAACAAUUGGGGUGUAGGCCUUCCUCCAAAAGAGAAAAAUGAAAAGAGCUGGCCACUAAUGAAACCAAGAUUAGCAGACCCAUCCUUCAAGCCUCAUAAGAGUCACAUCCAAGCUGCUGUAGAAAAUUUUUCAGAUUUGUUACGUAUUAGGUACUCUUCACCACUUUUCCGUCUGAGGACAGCAAAUGCUAUUCAGGAACGCAUACGUUUCCACAAUACUGGGCCUUCAUCAGUCCCUGGUCUCAUACUAAUGAGCAUUGAAGACGGGCAUGAAGGACUACCCGGGUUAUCUCAACUGGAUCCAAUCUACUCAUAUAUCGUGGUUAUUGUCAAUGCUCGCCCAACUGAGGUGUCAUUUACAAGUUCUUCUAUUUGGGCUAGGACCCUCCAGUUGCAUCCUGUACAGGUUAAAUCAAAUGACGAGAUAGUGAAGAGAUCAACUUAUGACACAGGCUCAGAAUGCUUUACUGUGCCUGCGAGGACAACAUCUGUGUUUGUUGAGCCUCGGGGAGUUUGAGUUGCUCUCUGUUGCAAGGUCACUGAGAAUGUUAUGAAUGCUAAGUUUAGCCAGUGAAUAAGUUCCCCAGUUAAUGGAGUAUGGCUCUUAACUUCUUCAACCAACAAGAGGACUAGGAGUACCGAGUACACACUCGGGGUUUAGUCUCGUCUCCUUGUGAUGGCAGGAGGCAAAGGCAAUGGCUUUCUGCUGCACUUAUAUGCACCCAGUGAAGUGUGCUUUGACUAACCAAAGAAAUACUUAUGGCUGGCUAUUGAAAUGAAUUUCCCAUGAUAAUAAUGUGAAUUUCAGCUAACUUGUUACCAUGGAAGCAACGGGGAUGGCUAUUAAUAAAAAAUUUCUGGUUUUUUUGGAC